AUGGCUCUGAAGACUUCAGCUCUUCCUGGGGACUUUGUUAACUUCUAUGCGUGGUAUGGCCUCGUACCUUCUUUCUCUUCUGCUGCUGACGAGGGUUUCUCUCUUUCUUGUCUCGACGAGUGGUUUGGGUGGAGGGUUGCAGGCAUCAACGCCCUAUGGUUACCCAGAAUUCAUCAUGCAAAUGAAGAUAUCAGCGGGGUGUGGAUGCGGAGCCUAGAUAGGCUGAUGCAGUGUCGUGCUGCAGCAGCAGCAGCACCAGCAGACCGCCCCAAGCUGCUGCAGCAGAUGUUUCUGCAGCAGCACCCCCCCAACGACGUGUUCAACCCCAGCAGCAGCAGCAGCAGCAGCAGCAGCAGCAGCAGCACGGGGUUUGCAGCAGCAGCAAGAGGCGAACUGCCUUGGGACGAAGUGCUGCUGCUGCUGCAGCAGUGGGGAGUGUUCCGGCUGCAGCAGCAGCAGCUCUGCGGUCAGCUGCAGCAGCUUGAGCAGCAGCGGCUGCUAUUUGAGGAGGCCCCUGCAGCAGCAGCAGAAGCAGCAGCAGCAGAAGCAGCAGCAGCAGCAGCAGCAGCAGCUGAAGCAGAAGCAGCUCGUAUAGCGGCUGUCAGCGAGAUAAACCCUCUCGAGGCCUUGGAGCUAUUCGGCGCAGCUCUGCAGCAGCAGCAGCAACAGCAGCAGCAGCAGCAGCUGCUGCUGCAGCAACCGCAGCAACGAUGCAGCAGCAAAGUGCUCGCAGCAGCAGCAGCAGCAGCUCCGGGCUCUCUUGACUGCAUGCUGCUGCAUCUAGACGAUCAAAUAGCUGCAGCAAAAACACGGAUAGCUGCAGCAGCAGCAGAAUUCAGCAGCAGCAGCAGCAUCACCACUGCGCUGCGGCUGCAGCUGCUGGCGCAGGCUGCCUCUCAGUCUCUCUUCCCGCGUCGGCUUGCUGCUGCUGCUGCUGCUGCAGCAGCAGCAGCGAAACGCAAAAGUAAACAGCGGAGCAAGCGGAGUGCUGCAGCAGCAGCCAAAGCAUCAACCCAGCAACAGGAGCAGCAGCAGCAGCAGCAGAUACAGCAGGACCAGCAGCAGCAGCUGCUGCUGCAGCAACAGCAGCAGCAGCAACCAAAGCAGCAGCCGCAGCGAGAACUGACUGCAGAGGAGGCAGCAGCAGCAGCAGCGCAAACAGCAGAACUGCAGCAGAUUGCUGCUGCAUGCUACAGCUUGGUGCGUUCUACAAAGGCUUAUGCUGCCUUUGCUGCUGCUGCUGCUGCUGCUGCUGCAGCAGCAGCAGCAGCAGACGACCCCUUAGGCUGCGAUGCGGAUGCCUACUGGCGCGAAAUUGAGUCGCUCCCUCCUCUCAACGAAGCAGCAGCAAUUGCUGAGAAAGCAGCAGCAGCAGCAGCAGCAGCAGCUGCUGCUGCUGCUGCUGCUGCUAAGAAAGAGGGGGGCGCGGAUGGAUGA